GCUGAGAAGCAGGUCAGUCAGGUUCUUGGGUGCUCUAUUACACAAGCAAGAUUGGGCCAGCUCCACCAAAUUUGGUUUCUGACACCCUCCUGCCCAGUGGGACAUUGUCAUACUUCACCCCUCUGCUUUCUCUAAUCCUCGGCAGACGAAUUGCAGCCAGGACAGCUGUCUGUGAUAUUUUAGUUCCUGUUUGUAAAUACCUCCAAAACCUGAAGAUUCCCCUUAAUUACACCAGUACCAAAAAAGGCUACAAUGUUGACCUCAGCCAAAAUUCUGUUGAUUUCAAAAAUGUUUAGUUUACUACUAAUUGGAAGCCUUGGGGAAGAAGGUCUAGAAAUAAACACAACACAAAGCAUUGCAGCAGGCUUAAAAGCGAUGCAAAAUGCAUCUGUUCCUUUGGAAAGUGAUGCAAAUUUAAGCUCAGAUAAAGAAAAUAGAGAAACCUCCAAUCCCAAGACAAGUAAUUCCUCUCUUUGGGAUCCACCAAAUAAAAACCAUGGAACAACAGAGGUCUUUGGCAAUUCAUCGACAAACAACUUUUCUGGGAAUCCAAGAUCCACGCCUACGCUUCCCACAAAUCCUCCCUCGAUCCAAGGCUUUGUUUCUAAAUUGCCUCAGAACUCAUCUAUAGCAGAUGAAAAUCCUCAGCCUGUCUCAGCACCUCCCGAUGCUACAUCUGCUCCAUCUUCAGAAAAGUUCACUUGGUCUUCAGCCAGUGAUACCAUGAAAACUCCUGUCAACAGUUCCAUUUCAAUUAGCAUCCUUCCUGCAGCACCAAACACCACGUCUGUGUCCCCCAUGAUAACGGAACCGGAUGAAUGGCUCACCACAACCAGUGAUAGCUUCGUAGGGUUUACUCCUUAUCGAGAAACGACCACUCUACAGCCCACCUUAAAGUUUACCAAUAAUUCAAAACUCUUCUCAAACACAUCAGACCCCCAAGAAGAGAAUAAAAAUACAGGAGUAGUAUUUGGGGCCAUUUUAGGUGCUAUUCUGGGUGCUUCAUUACUUAGUCUUGUUGGCUACUUGCUGUGUGGAAAAAGGAAAACAGAUUCAUUUUCCCAUCGGCGACUUUAUGAUGACAGAAACGAACCAGUUCUGCGAUUAGACAAUGCACCGGAACCUUAUGAUGCGAGUUUUGGGAACUCUAGUUAUUAUAACUCAACUAUGAAUGAUUCAUCUAUGCCAGCAGGCCGAGAAAAUGCACGUGACGGCAUUCCUAUGGAUGACAUACCUCAACUUCGUACCUCGGUAUAAAACCAAGAGGAAAGGCUUCUGACGGCAAAUGAUCGCCUACAUCCUAGUCUUUUCACAAACCCAUCCUCCAAAAGCUGAAGCAAGAUCACUGUCAUGUGGCCUGUGCCAAGGAGAACCAUAAAAGCAAGAGACUAGUAGCAGAAACAUAGACGAUAAUCUGAAAGGUUUCCUUUCUUACCAUUUUUGGCUGUGCUGAAUCAUCUACUGAGUAACCUUAAUUUGUAUUUUGGUCUAUUUUAUUGUACGUAGGAAAUGUUUGUGGGAAUCAGGUGAAACUAAAGAGUUUCACCAUGACUGCCCUGCCUGAUAAUUUAAUUAACCCUAUACUCCUAAUGCCAUACAUCAAGAUUGUCACUCUCUUCAAGGAACAAUGGAAGAGUAAUUUAUUUUUAAUUUUGACUUAAAACAAGAAAGAGAGUAUACAGAGUUUCUGUGCCUGGGAAAUUAAAGUAAUAGGAGUGACAGAUUGUUCUCUAGUACAUUUAGCUUUCCUAUAUCAGCACAUCCAUGGUAAGACCCUUUUGUUGCCAAGUUGACAAUGACAUUACCUUCAACAGGGCCAUGGUUGGAAAACUGACCCUAACCAGGAAAAGAAUCACUUCUCUUCAAAGAGUGGGAAAUUCUAAACUGUUUUAUUUUAGGCCUCAAUUAAUUGGGUGCUUUAAAGACUCAAUGAGAAUCAUGGGGGGAAAAGUCAGCCAAAGCAUAUAUUUGUACAUAAUUUUUACAGUUUUAAGAUGUUAAAUAAGAGCAAGAUUUAUUAUGUAUUAGGUAUCAUUGCUUGAUCAUAUAUGGAAUAGAUUCUGUAUCUCUAAGUGUAUAAAGUAUAAGGUUAAAAAAUUGAUGAAUGGAAAUAUUACGCAAACAAAAAUUUUUGAGCAUCACUUUUACAAGCAGAAAUACAAUAAGUGUUAUUUGGAUUCAUAUGACAUCUUUCAGUCAUAUGUUUCAGUUUGUUCUUAAUUACCACCUGCUUUCGGCAGGAAAAAUACACUUCUUAGUAUAGGAAGGUUGAGGUUUUAGGGACUAGAGGAUUAGAUCAAUAGUUAAAUUCCCAAAGAAGCACUGAAUGUGUGAAGAGGGCAAACAAAGCAAGAGGUCUCACUGUUAAAUGGACAUGUGUGUGCCUGCACAUGUGUGUGUGAAGAAACACAGCAGUAGCCUCAGAAAAUGAGGACCAGGAACUAAGUAACAGAAGAACUUACUUACCCCAUAUUGCCAUAAAAAUAGCAAAGAAGACCGUUCCUCCAUUAUCAAACAAAUAUGUCACCUUAAUGGAAAACAAGGCAAAAAUAUUAGUCACAUAUUGGUUAUAAUAAUCUAGUGAUUGCCAUCUACAUUUAGAUUCUAUGAUUUUUUUUCCAAAAGGAAUCACAUUAUUUUAUGAUUUGUAAAUAUGAGAUAUGAGAUCCUUUCAUGGGUCCUGAAACUGUUUCAUAUGAUUUUCUCUUUGGGGAGAUGUAAGGGAUCAGCAUUCCCCUCCCCCCUUUUCUUCUUUCUUUCCUUUUCUUCCCUUUGGACUUCACCUUCAAUUUCUGCUGAGAAGUGGCUCUAGUACCCUGAGGAAGUAUUUGUGGGGCAUAGAUGGUCAAGGUAAAGUUAGCUUUUCAGUUGAGGCAUUACUAGCUGCACUUCCUGUCAGCAAAACGUCCAGGACUGAGGAAGUUGCAAAAUGAAGAAUUCCACCUUUGAGCCAGAACUUUCAGUGGAAAGUAUCACAGUGCUAUCCCUACUUUCUGACAUCUUUCAGAAUGUGCCAUGGGUCCAAUAGUGGCUAUGAGUUGUUGUUUUUUUUUUUUUUUAAGAAGUUUCAUAUAUCACUUAAGAUUUAGGAUACAGUCCAAGUGUUUUUGAAUCAGACAUUAUCUGAAUUUUUAUAAAGAAUAAAAAAUUGUAUCACUGAAUACAAUAUUCAUGGUUGCAAAGAUUGAUCUUAAUAAAUUGUAAAUUCAACUUACCUUUGCUUCUUUUCAUUUGCAUAAUGCCCUCACUAUACUUAUAGUGAGGGAUAUUAAAACAGUAUAGCCAAGGCAAUAUAUAUUUGACAGUCAUAUAAAUACUAUAGAAACUAUAGGGAGAAGAGGGAUACUAUCCUCACAGGAGAGAAAGGCCAAAUAAGGGCAAAAGAACAUUAUUAUAAGGGAAGUGGGAAUAGAAUGGUGUUUGUUUUGCUCACUCUACAGUCUAGAGACUGGUCAGUGGGAGCAUUAAAACAAUAUUAAUAUGUAUUUUAAUUGUAACAUCUGGAACACUCUGCAAAACAAUAUGUAAAACAGAUAAAGGUAGGGUGUGUUUUCCUGUGAUAGAACGCUACUGAAAAUAUCAUUAUACAACACAUGUGCUCCUUUCAAAGGUUUGUGGAUAGGUGCAAGAUGUCCUGGAUGGCCCUGAACUUCUAUGAUGAGGUUUGGGAGUUCUAAAAAUGUUAUGUGAGUUGGUUUUCACAAGAGUCAUCACUAUAUAUUAUGUACAGGAGAGAAAGGGGCCAUAAAGAAAUUCUCCUACAGUGCUCAUAAAAUUAUACCCAGUGGGGGAAUCCAGCGUUUCUGUUUCCAAAGGCAUCCCAUGGAGACACCUGCUGUUGCCAAGCAGCUGAACAGCUGUCUGCUUUCCUUUAUAACAGACUUAGUGCAGGAAACAGCCUCUUAGAGUGUUAGAACAGAGACUUUACACAUGGGGACUUAAAGGUCACUAAGGAAUAAUGGCUCUCUCCUGCUCCAGAAAGAGCAGUCCUUUUAGAAAAGUGGCAAAUGAAAAGCCAUGCUUAAUAAAUUGUGUGGUAUGAAUAUGAUUUGUUAUAGUUUAUGCAAUGUUUUCCCUAAAACUGUUUUUCAUUUUAUUUCUUCUAAGUUUGUUUACAAAUCUUUCAGGUACCUUUUUUUUUUUACUCCAUAAAUUAAACAUGAAUGAUUUAGAAAUACAUCCAUUAGGCACAGCAAGGUAUACAUGUAAUCCUCAUGUAAUGUCAGAUUCCAUGUAUGUAAUGGGAGAUAAAGCUAAAAUGGGAGUUAAUGGAAAACUUGAGAACUUAUCCUAAGGAGGAGUAUAAAAGUAUAAAAUCCUUGUGUGAGAGCCACUAAGAUAUUACAGGUGGGAUGCAUUAUGAUGUGGGGGGCCACAGACACAGUAAGAUCAAUUUGAUGCCUAUGGUUAUAGCUUGAGGUGCUAAGGGUUGCAUUGAGGGUGUUGAUAUAAGAGCUGUUGAAUGAAAACAGGGAACAGGGAGAAGAAAGAGUCAAGCAUAGCAUGGAUGGCUCAAGCUCAGCGGAUGAUUGGCAGGAGAAUAAAGGGGGAAAGAGGCAUUCUGCUCAAUAGGAAAGGGUCGCUUGCCCUAUAAAAGAAAAUUCCAGAUGAAAUCUCAAAAAAAAUUC